GAGCACCGCGUCAUCUGGCAAGGCAGUGGCUCCGAGUCAACAGGCACGACAGUGGGCACCGGGUCAUCAGGUACCGGAUUGUCUGGCUCGACAGCGGGCAUCGGGUCACCAGGUAUGACAGCGGGCACUGGGUCACCAGGCAUCAGGUCAUUUGGCUCGACAGCGGGGCACCGCAUCAACUGGCAAGGCAGUGGGCUCCGAGUCAACUGGUAUGACCGCGGGCACUGGGUCAGACAUUGGAUCGUCUGACAGGACAGCGGGCAUCGGGUCACCAGGCAUCAGGUCAUUUGGCUCGACAGCGGGCACCGCGUCAUCUGGCAAGGCACAGUGGGCUCCGAGUCAACAGGCACGACAGUGGGCACCGGGUCACCAGGCAUCGGAUUGUCUGGCUCGACAGCGGGCAUCGGUCACCAGGGAUCAGGUCAUCUGGCAAGGCAGUGGGCACCGGGUCACCAGGUAUGACAGCGGGCUCUGAGUCAACUGGCACGACAGCGGGCACCGGAUCAGGCACCGGAUCAUCUGGAUCAACAGCGGGCA